CAGGAAUUUCGGAGGCCUGGAGAUGUCACAGAUUUGCUAACAGCACUUUAUAUGCACCCCUGAUCAUGGACCUGCAGUGAUCAAGAGCAUGUCAAGAUUCAGCAGCUCUUCAAGUACAAUGUACCCAUGUAUGGAUCUGUGUCAGGAUUAAACCUACAAUAUUUUACGAUAUUUAUGCAGAGACUUUUGAAAUGUUUUUGGGAGAUGACUGCCCAGUAACUGAUGUUGACCCAGAUGGGUACUAUGAGUUUUUCUACCAUCCUAGUGAAUGCGGUAUUAUAACUCACGCUUUCCAGAAUUUUCUUCUGUUUAGAACUAAAAUCUUGUACUUUCCAAGCGAUGGCACCAUGGAAACUGAAAUGCCUGUGAGGUGUGUCACGCGUAGACACGGUGUCCAAUUAUGUUACCCCACAGGACGGUGUCAAAACUGUCCUGGAGACCAUGGGCAAUCAGCUGCAGUAGAUUCUUCUAUGCCAGUAGAUUCCUCUACGUCAGUGGAUUACUCUAUGCUAAAUUCCAGGCAGCAACCUUAUUCAAAUGAAGUUCAUGGGAGACAUAAUGAAACUGGCAGUGUAACCCAACAGGAAUCAAGGGGCAGAAUUCACACUGAGAAAGAAGACAUGGAAGUUGCUUCUGCAACGCAAUCUGGCAAGAAUGUGAAUGUUAAUUUCCCCUGUGUGUCAAAUGAUGGACUUCACUGCAAGAGAAGAAACUGGGUUGUUUGCCUCAUUAUUGAGAAGGAAUUUGGAAUGUCUACCAUGUUUGCACAGGACUGAGGAUGUAUAAUGUGCUCCUUUGUAGAAAUCCAAGGAGCAGGAA